CAUCUCUGUCUUAGUUGAUGAUAAACUUGACCUUUAGAUCGAUAUUUCUGUAUACAGCAGUUUAUUCUAAAAAGUGGUGCCGCGAAAGACGCAUGCGCGACGGAAGAAAUUAAAAAAAAAACAUUGUUUAGUUUUGUUCGUUUGAUGCAAGGCAAAAAAUGAUUGGUGCGUUACUCCUGCUAGUCAUAGGUCUGUGUGUACCAACGCACCAGCAGUCCACGCCCAACUCGCCAUGUCCGAAUGUCUUCAACUACGAGCCGUCGGGCACCGAGGCGGGCAGGUGGUACGGGGUCGUCAACCUGUCCACUGACAGCACUCUACACUCCCUCUGGCUGAACAUUGUGCUGGAUAGCAAGGCAGACAUUUUGGGGAACUGGGUAGGAGACGUCACCACCACAGACAACACAGACUUCAAAAUCGAGAACACGAAAAUGAAAAUCCACCCCGGCCCCGCAGUGGCUAUUCGUUUCUUCGUGCAAUACAACGUUCAAAAUAAAGUGCCGAGAUUACACGCAAUACGACUGAACGGCAGAGAGAUAUGCAAUGCCGACCAUCCCCAACCAGCAGUCGACAGAGUUGAUACGAUAAGGCCACAACCAAACUUGGAUUCUACGCCAGAUUCAAGACCAACUGUCAGCCGGCCGUCUGAAUCACGUCCGAGCCAAAGCCGGCCGAACGAAAGACCGUCAGAGUCCAGACCAGCGCAAAGACCGGAGAAAAGGCCAACAGAAAGUCAGACAAGACCGACGAUAGUCAUUAGGCCAGAAGACAAGCCGCAAUCGAAGCCUGUUUAUGGGAGACCGUCGGGCGACGGACCUGUGUACGUACCGACAGCUAACCCACCGAUAGAUCAAAGCAACGUUAAUCCAUACAGCAUCGGUGGUGGGCAGGUACCAGCGCAGAGUGUGUCCGACCGACGCACCACCACCAGCAGCUACCAGCAGUUCACUCCUCGCCCCUCCUAUCCCACCAGGCCUCGGGAUGAUGAGGACGAUAAUGAAAGGGUAGAUCCUGACGAGUACUGGUCGCCGGGUCCAGCCACCUUGCCUUCCGCCAUAGGGUCUGGGUCUGGCAAUAAGAAACAAUCAGCCGAGCAGUGCGGCAUAGUGAUAAGGAACAACGCCAACCCGUUGGUCGUGAAUGGAAAACCAACGUUGGAAGGGCAGUGGCCGUGGCAAAUAGCUCUCUACCAAACUCAGUUGAUAGACAGCAAGUACAUCUGCGGCGGCACGCUAGUCUCGCACAAGCACGUCAUCACGGCGGCGCACUGCGUGACCCGCAAGAACUCCGCCAAGCCCGUGUACAAGAACACGCUCACCGUGUACCUCGGCAAGCACAACCUGAGGACCUCUGUGGAGGGCGUCGAGAUCAGAUUUGUGGACGAAAUCAUCGUAUACCCAGAAUAUAACAAGACUCCGUUCGCCAGAGACCUGAGCAUCCUCAAACUGAAGAAGUGGGUUGACUACACCGAGUACGUGCGGGCAGCGUGUCUGUGGCCUGAGGACCAGACUGCCUUGAGCAAUGUCAUCGGGAAGAAGGGUUCAGUAGUAGGCUGGGGUUUCGACGACACGGGCGUGGCGACAGAAGAACUCUCGCUGGUGGAGAUGCCCGUGGUGGACCAGGAGACGUGCAUCCGCUCUUACAGCGCCUUCUUUGACAAGUUCACCGACAGGGACUAUACCUACUGCGCCGGAUAUAGGGACGAUUCGUCGUCGUGCAACGGCGACAGCGGCGGCGGCAUGGUGUUCCAGCUGCAAGGUGUGUGGCACCUGCGCGGUCUGGUGUCGAUCUCCCUGCUGGGCAACUCGUACAAGUGUGACGUCACCGACUACUUAGUGUUCACCGACCUGGCGCACUUCGUCCCGUGGAUUAAGAGCUAUAUCUCAUAAUAAUAUAUGGCCCGCUCUACACUCACAGCGUUCGCGCCGCGAAUGGCGUGAACUGUAAGGCCGUUCGCGUCGAAUACGUUCAUGCUUCGCGCUGUUCGAGAUGAAUUUACUACUUAUGAUGAUCUUUAAUUUAGUAACUAGAAGAAGAAUAUUGUCACAAACAAUUAGGUACUCUCAUGAAUUUCUAUUGUUAAUAUUAAUUACGUACUAUUACUAUUUAGAAGGUAAUAAAAUAAAUACAAUGGUAUAAAGUUAAAACAUCUUUAUUUAUCUCUUUUUGUUAUUUUUUUUUCUGCCAGUUAACUUACUAGCUGCUGAGAAAGAAAGGCAAGAAAAUGUCGGUGUCAGUAUUUUCCUCUUCAAAAGGUUUGCGCCUAGUCCACACACGCAAAUGCGAGCGCACACUCAAAAAUUUUCAGAGUUCGUGAGUGUAGAGCGGCUAUGAACUAUUCCAAAAAUUCACUCCAUGUCAUCGACUGUUAAAAUCGACAGCACAACUGCUAUUGGCAGUCGUCCACAGAUCCACAUCGUAUCGGAUGCAUCGCAUCAAACGGAUCUUAGUAUAGUUUGUAUAGAAAGUCAUACAAGUGUGUCUAGUGAUCCGCAUCGUACGGAUCGCAUAGAACGGAUUUUAUUUAUUUACCAUAAGAUUAAAAGUCCGUUUGAUACGAUGUGUCCAGUACGUACUGUGCGGAUCUGUGGAAGCUUGCCAUAUAGGUCACGCCAAACUUCAGGUCCGCUACAUUGCAACACUCCGAACUGCGCAGAUAUUAUAAGCCAGCUACGAUAUGUUUUAAUGCGCAAUCACAUGCCUUGUGUGCAGAACGGACACGAAGAUUGGUGCGACUUCUAUAUAGAAACGUUCAAAAAAAUAUUGUUUUUAUUUUAUUGAAGCCAUUUCAAUCUUUUUAUUUCUUCAUAAUAGACCUCGAAAUUUGUAAAAUUUUAAAAAUCUUCAUUGAAAAUUUAUUUUUAAAACGACAACUUUUGUGAUUAAUGAAAAUAAUUGUUAAGUCACUGAUAUCCUAGUGAAAAUAUUAAUUAAGUCAUUGAGAACCUAGUGAAAAUAUUAAAACGAAUCGUGUUCAAUGAGGAGUAAAGUAAGCCGUAAGUUUAUGCGAUGUUUAAAUUACAUUGAAGGUUGUGUAAAUACACGAAUGUUAUUGUUAAGUUUAAUUAACAUGUCAAAUUGAAUAACCAACUUUUAGUAAGGUUUAAUUUAGAUUAAAACUUAAAAAUAUGUCUUUAACUGUCCCAAAUUUCUUCCAGAUUUGUUUAGCCGUUCUAGAAUUAUAGCGGUUAGAAGUAAGGAAAUCCUUCUCUGUGUAUAAAAAAGUGUCGAAAAAAAUUAAUGAAAAAAAAACACCCUAGUGUCAUUUUAACAGAUUACGAACUACAUAUUUGUAACUUGUCGACAUAUAAAAAAGAUUCUUCAUUAGUGUGUUUAGUAAAGGAUCCCAAUAUAAGAGAAUAACCUUCACCCAUUUGUUUACUGAAUGAAAAGUGUUUUAUAUCAAAUUAAAUAUGCCAAAAAAAACUAGUUAAAUUGUUGAUUAAUCAUAUUCUGGAAUGACUUUUACACAAACCAUUGUCAAUAUAUCUAUUGACUUCAAUAUAUGUAUUGUUGCUUCGUCGCAACGGUUCAACCCAUUGUAUGUCACACUUUCGUAGCGAUAUACUACGUCACACUACAAAAGAUCGGCGCGCAUGCAGUCUGUCUCUACAAUGGAUCGAAACAAGUCUCUUUCCAUAGCAACAGAGCCCUGUUGAAACGCUGCGACGACCCAACGCUUUAAUGUAGAAUGUAAUCUAUACUAAUAUAAUAAAGCUGAAGAGUUUGUUUGAACGCGUUAAUCUCAGGAACUACUGGUCCGAUUUGAAAAAUUCUUUAAGUGUUAGAUAGCCCAUUUAUCGAGAAAGGCUAUAGGCUAUAUAUUAUCCCCGUAUUCCUACGGGAUCAGGAACCACACGGGUGAAACCGCCCGGCGCCAACUAGUUAAAAAUAUACGGAAAACUACGCACGACACUGCAACGUCGCAACGGAAUAGGGCAUUAUCGGCGCAUUACUCUAAGACGUUUCCUUACUUCUUUCCUUUAAUCUUUGUUUUAUGGAAAAAAUAAGAAAAAUAUACUCAUAAGUGUUUGUAUUAUCAGUUAACUUAAGAGUUAAAUAAGUUAGCGAAUAAAAAGUUUGAAAAUGAAAAAAAAAAUAUAUAUAUAAAUAAAAAUCAAAAUUAA